AUGUUCCGACCAGAGAACCUUGAGAUCGACUCCGAUGCAUACCAGAACACCGCCAUUGAAGCAAGAGACUUUCAUCUUCGUCUUUUUGAGAUAACCGCCGUUGCAAUCCAUACCAUUGCAGCCCAUCUCUUUUUGCACACGAAUCAGCCACCUUAUAAUCGACCUCCUUGCCCACGACUUGAGCAUAUCGUGGGGCUGGUGGGGGAGGGUUACACUAUCCCAACUUAUCUGUUUCACCAGGACUAUAUUGACCACGAUCAGUAUCCGAUGGAUGUGGCUGAUAUGGUAGGCUACUGGGCGGAAUAUUGGGUGUUUGGAGGAGUGGUUCUAUUUGAUCGAGGAGAGUCCGAGACAGAGUUCCGUGAUGUCUAUUUCCACACAAGCGCCGAUUUCUGA